CGGGCGAGCGGCAGCGGCGCUGCUAUUGGCGGCGAGGCGGCGGCCUGCAGGUUAGGCUGAGUCGCCGGCGAAGAGAGGGGCGAAGGCGCUAUUGUUGCCGGAUCGCCGAGGAGAGGAGCCGGCGGACACCGGGGCCGGGCGGCGCGGGCCUCAGCGGCAGCCAUGAGUGGCGGCGUGUACGGGGGAGAUGAAGUCGGGGCUCUUGUUUUUGACAUUGGCUCGUAUACAGUGAGAGCAGGCUAUGCGGGCGAGGACUGUCCAAAGGUUGAUUUUCCAACAGCCAUUGGUGUGGUGCUAGAAAGGGACAAUGGCAGCACUCUGAUGGAGAUAGAUGGUGACAAAGGCAAACAAGGGGGCCCAACUUACUACAUAGACACCAAUGCUCUGAGAGUUCCAAGGGAAAAUAUGGAGGCCAUUUCACCUUUAAAAAAUGGAAUGAUUGAAGACUGGGAUAGUUUCCAGGCAAUUUUGGAUCACACUUACAAGAUGCAUAUUAAAUCUGAAGCAAGUUUGCAUCCUGUCCUUAUGUCCGAAGCACCAUGGAAUACUAGAGCAAAGCGUGAAAAACUGACUGAAUUGAUGUUUGAACACUACAACAUCCCUGCUUUUUUCUUGUGUAAAACCGCUGUUCUAACAGCUUUUGCUAAUGGGAGAUCUACAGGUCUCAUUUUGGAUAGCGGAGCAACACACACCACUGCUAUUCCAGUGCAUGAUGGAUAUGUACUUCAGCAAGGUAUUGUAAAAUCACCACUUGCAGGAGACUUUAUUACUAUGCAGUGCCGGGAAUUGUUUCAGGAAAUGAACAUAGAGAUAAUUCCUCCAUAUAUGAUUGCUUCAAAGGAGGCAGUUCGUGAGGGGUCACCAGCAAAUUGGAAGAGAAAAGAGAAGUUACCCCAGGUCACUAGGUCUUGGCACAACUACAUGUGUAAUUGUGUCAUUCAGGACUUCCAAGCUUCUGUCCUCCAAGUAUCAGAUUCAACCUAUGAUGAACAGGUAGCAGCACAGAUGCCAACAGUUCAUUACGAGUUCCCCAAUGGCUAUAACUGCGACUUUGGUGCUGAGCGUCUAAAAAUCCCUGAGGGAUUGUUUGACCCUUCUAAUGUAAAGGGUUUAUCUGGUAACACGAUGUUGGGUGUGAGCCACGUUGUCACAACAAGCGUUGGAAUGUGUGAUAUAGACAUCAGGCCGGGCCUCUAUGGCAGCGUGAUUGUAGCAGGUGGAAACACUCUAAUACAGAGUUUCACAGACAGAUUGAACAGAGAGCUGUCUCAGAAAACUCCACCGAGCAUGCGCCUGAAGUUGAUAGCGAACAACACAACAGUGGAGCGGAGGUUCAGCUCAUGGAUUGGUGGUUCAAUUUUGGCUUCUUUGGGUACUUUUCAACAGAUGUGGAUUUCUAAGCAAGAAUAUGAAGAAGGAGGGAAACAGUGUGUAGAAAGAAAAUGUCCUUAAACCUCUGACUGUGAAAACUGCUGCCUGCUCAGUGCUCCUUCUGUUUUAUAGCUUUAGCAUACUCAGGAAUGUGAUGGACUCUUUUUUGUAGAAAGUUUAUAUUGGAUUUUUUGCAUAAUUCAAGUUCCAUUUUAACAAACCUUAGAAAUUUUGAGAGACCUAAUUGGUACUAUCAUAGAAAAAGGAUGUUUACAUCCCUUGUAAAGCAAUAAUUCAUGUAACAAGCAUUUUAUAAUUUUGUAUAAAUAUCUAUUUUCUCUAGUAUCUUUUCCUGGGAACAGCUUUACAGGUGAGCUAAUAGAUAGAGGCAUAACCUUGCAAAUGCCCACGCAGAUUUAUUAAAAACCUCUUGUCUACUUUCACGUAUUAGUCUUCCUUGCUGGUACUUUGGCCUUAAAUUGCUCUUUUUUCUCUCUUAAAAAAUAAAAUUUGGUAUUUUAUAUUUGA